CCGAUUCCUAGGACUCACGAACAACGAAUUAUGAUUUUCAAUAAUGAAAUUAAUUAAAGUGCACUGAUAUCAAUGACAGGUAAUAUGUCGACCUUUGGGACAAGCAUAAGGUAUAUAAAGAGCGAAUGUUCUGUGUUUCGGUACUCCAUCCAACAUGGCACCGUCUUGUUUUGCUUUCGUGUGUUUGGUUGUCGUGUUGCCUUCAGUAGCUGGCUGGUGGUGGUCUAACGCAAACCAGAACCAGAAUCUGAAUAACAAUGUCAACGUAAACACCGGGUUUUAUGAUCCGCCACCUGCACCCGCUCCAGAGCCCCCGGCACCAAAACCAAAGACCGCAAAAACUGUAGUCCACUCCACUAAGGAUACCGUGGUCAGCAUCAACUUCCAUGCUCCCAUCAAGAACAAAUUUGUACCAACACUGAAUAUCGGCGGCUUCGGUGGCGCAGGACCCGCACCCAAAAGUCCCUCAGCUUCACCCAAGAAGAAGUCACCAAAGAAGGCUCCUAAAAAGGGGAAGAGACCACAGCCCAAAAAGAAGACCCCUUCUCCGAAGAAGUCCAAGGCUCCUAAGCAAAAAGCACCCAAGAGCUCCCCACCUAAGGGGUCAUCGGGAGGUGCCGGAGCUGGCAGUAAAAAGGUUUCUGGUCUUCCCAUGAACCUUGUCUUCAACAACAAUUUCCCACAAAACAUGAUGAACGUCGUCGGGGCUCACAAUAAUGUGAGAGGCAAGGGUGUGCACAUGCCUAAUAACAACGCAGGAGGAACUCAGAAGGUCACCCAGAGCUAUCGUGCUACUGGUGGAAUCCAGACCCAGGGAGGCGCCCAAACCGGCGGUCAGGGCGGACAACAGGGAGGUCAACAGCAGGGAGGGGGUGGCCAAGGCGGAUAUGGAAGAUGGGGUGGCUCUCGGUACACCAAUAUCAAGGCCAUAAAAUACCCAAGCAAUGAUGUCCAGGUCAUCGGAAAUGGAAACGAGGUUCACACCGUUGCUGGACUUUACAAUAAUGUAAAAUACCAGAAGAAAGUCGUUCCCAAGCCCAACCCUAUGCAGGGAAUGCAAUUUAAAUUAUUAUUGAACUUGCUUCAGAAAAUGGUUGUGAAAGUCAACCACGCACCACAAACUACACCCCCACCAGAUACCACUACCACCACCACCACUGAAGCCACCACAACUCCAGCGGAAACCACUACCACUACUGAGGCCACCACGACUACAACAGAACCUACAACCACCACCACCACUACCGAGGCCACAACCACCACCACGGAGCCUACCACCACAACCACUACAGAGGCCACAACCACACCUUUCUCGUUUGCCCAGAAUUCAAUGCUGUUGGAAGCCCUCUUAGCGCAACUCACAGCCGGUUCUAACGUACAGACACAGCAAGCGGCAGUGCUGGACGUUUACGGACGAGGAGGUCAGAAAGCGGUUUCUAUGAGCGCCAAUUCGGGAGCAGGUCAUCAGGCCACCUUAGACAUCUUGGGUGCUGCACAGCAGGGACCUACCACACCUCCACCUUACCUUGACCCAGUGGCUCAGCUUGAUCUUCUUGCAGCUGGUGGAAGUAUAUCCGGAGCCUACGGCACCGGCGCCGGAUUACCUGGAAUUACCCCUGCUCCGGCAGGUACUGCUGGGGCUGUCGAUCUCACCUGGUUGAACAAAUACAUGCCUCAACUGGCUCUUCAUAAACGAGCACCUGUCAAGGUCAUUUCCGGGGGUUACGGCAAAAGAAAGAUCCUGAAGUGAGGUCAUCUUGACUUUCCAACUGUUCUUCAAAUAUUCGUGUCUCAGUCAAAACCACCUUAACAUUGAAUGCUUCUUCUUUAGUUGAAGAAGCAUUGUGAUAGUUACUUAUUUAUCAGUAUUAGGUACGAUCAGUGACCAGAACAUAUGUUUGCCGUAUCAAAAGAUUUUCAUACUUUCGAAACAAAACAGACAUGUAUGAAAUCCGUCUUCUGGGGUACGAAUGUGAUAAACUGCAGGAAUAUUGUGGUGUUCUCCGUGUUAUUUAUUUAUUUGUGUUUUAUUGUCCUGUUGAUUUGGCCUUUUAUUGAAUAAAGCCUUUAAAUUUAAA